UGUAAACUCAAGAAAAGUGGUGAUUUGUUCUCGUUUUAAAGAACACAUAUUAUGGAUGGAAACAAAGAAGAUAAAGACCUGCAAGGAAUUUCAAAUGACAAAUUUCAAGAAAUUCAAACUGACAAAAUCCCAGUUGACAAAGUGCAGGGAAUCGCAUUUGACAAAGUGCAGGAAAUUCCAGUUGACAAAGUACAAGGACUACCAAUUGAGCUUCAGAAAAUUAUACCAUCCAGGCCAAGCCUGCAACUUGACUGUAUAGAAGAGGCAACAGUAGGCAAAGCAUUCUAUACAUUAUUCAACAGAGUUAUCGCGAAAUUAUUUCAGGGAGACUUUAAAAGAUGUCACUCGUUGUCUUCUGCCUUGCUUGACUAUACAUGGGAGAAGCUGAAUACAGGCCACUGGAAAGAUGUCAACAUACAAUGGAGAUAUGCCUAUACCUAUGGCUCACUGUUUAAAACUAUUUGUGAAGUUGCUAUGGUAACCAAUGAAGUAACCAUUACAACACAUGAUAUUGAUGAACCAACCAAUGAGGUUGACAUGACAACAAAGGGUGAUAUCAGCAUUGAUUCAAUGCCAACAAGCAAAAGUGAAAACAAUGAUAAACACAAUGAUACAACAGAACAAAGUCUUCAAGAAACUGUUAUACCCAAAUAUGAUGAGUCUCAUAUUGAAAACAAGCUGACUGGCCUACAAAGUGCAAUUAAAACAUGCGACAUGGGGCUCCUAAUGGGUGCACCAGUGCUUGACAAUAUACUCUCAAAGAUUGUUACCUGCCUUCAAAUGUUGCAUAGCAACUGGUCAAACCAUGACAACCGUGACCAUAAAGUAUCUCAUACAACACAUAAAGCUGAUCAUGAUCAGUCUACUGAUGUUAAUAAUGAACUAAAUGAACCAAAACUGAAGAAGCCUAAAAUGGGCAUCCAUGUUAUGAUUGAUCCAGUCAAAGCAAUACCAAGACUAGAAUGUCCAUCUCUUGAGACAUUCCGAAACCUCUACAUGGAUAAAGAGGCACCUGUCAUAUUGGAAAGGACCGUUACUCAUUGGCCUGCAUUAUCAAACAGGCAAUGGAGUGUUAACUAUAUUAAGAAAAUCGCUGGCUGUAGAACAGUCCCUAUUGAACUUGGUUCUAAAUAUACUGCAGAUGAAUGGUCUCAAUCUUUGAUGACAAUUGCGGAUUUUAUUGACAAAUACAUUGAUAUUAAAUAUGAUUAUGAUGACACCCAAACCUUGAAGAAUUUAGAUGGAGGCUCUGGAUCUAGCAACACAAAUAAUACGCCCCCUAUUGGAUAUUUAGCUCAACAUCAACUGUUUGACCAAGUUCCUGAGCUCCGCGAUGACAUCUAUAUUCCAGAUUACUGUUGCCUUGGUAACAAUGAUGACAUUGAUAUAAAUGCUUGGUUUGGACCAAGAGGGACCAUAUCACCUUUACAUCAGGACCCAAAACACAACUUUCUCACUCAGGUAGUUGGAGAAAAGUACAUCCGGUUAUACUCAGUUGAGAACACCCCUUAUCUCUACCCUCAUGAUGAUAAAAUACUUUUCAAUACUAGCCAAGUUGACAUUGAAAAUCCAGAUCUUGAGAAGUUCCCUCUAUUUGAAAAGGCUGUAUUUACAGAGUGUGUACUUAGGCCGGGAGAUAUGCUCUACAUCCCACCUAAAUGUUGGCAUUUUGUAAGGUCUUUGUCAACCAGUUUCUCGGUCAGCUUCUGGUGGAACUGACUUAUUCAUGGAAAAUUAUGAUCUUUAUUUCAACAGAAAUGCAAUAAUUGUGAUAAAUGUAUCAUAUAAAAUGUCACGAUCUGCCAUUUGUUACAGAUACAAAUGCCAAACACUAAAUACCGAACACCAACCACAAAAAGUUGGAGAUUAUAACAGUAUGUCACAACCACAAGUGGUGACAUAAAAAUGGACCCAAGU